CUAUUCACUACAUAGCUAUACUCUUGCUACCAUCGCCAACGGUAUACCUUUUCGACGCUAUGGACGUCAAUUUGAUCCUCAACAAUCAUGGCGGCGGUUCGGGCAAGGCGGAAUUGGAACGCAGGCGAUCUAUGGGUGCAGUGCUUCAUCUUACCGAAGCGAAUGAUCUGCAAAGACUCGAACAGCGACGUCUUCCUCAUGAGCGAUUGCUUGGAUCCGAACUGCAGCUCGAAUAUGCCUCGUUGAAGAAAUGGGCUGGAGGAAGCAAGUGGAUCACGGAGAGCGACCAAGAUGCUUGUCAUCUGCUUCGUAUCCCGCAAAAGGCGCUUCAGAGACACAUCGCCACAAGUAAGGAACGUGAUAUUGAUCAGACUGCUGUGAAGAGACCCGUCGUGAAGGAAGAGGACGAACAAUUCGCAGCAUGGAACGCCCAUCGGUGGGGCAUGUCCUACGUCAAGACCAGAGCUGGCAAGAAGUUCAAGAUGCACGACACUUUCAUCGACUUGUUCCGACCUCAUUAUUCCGAAGACCACUCACUCCACGGUUCCUCCUGCGACGAAUCCCCCGACAUCAAACCAUCCUUCGACAAUAUCUCUCGCAAUGGUACAUCCCCCGACUUUGACAUCAAACCAUCUCCCAAAGAUCUCCCUCGCAACUCUCCUCUACAUGACUCAGCUCUUUACGAGACUACCGACGUCAAACCCCCAAUCAACAGGAUCUCUCGCAACGAACUAUUCCAAAACGAUUCCCGUCACCACAACCCUCCUCCCACCGCUGCCGGACCCUCUCGCAGAUUCGGCGGACUUCCUCCCCUCAGCAAAGGCACGCCCCAUCAUGUCAUUCUGUGUGACUAUCCGAUCCUUCUUGUCUACAUCUAUCGCGUCCUGCAAUCGGAACAACCGACCGAACCUUCUGGCCGAAGAUCGCAGUACAUCGAGAUGACUGACGGAUUGAGUUUGAGCUAUGCUCAAGAAGCGUACUGCAAGAGGGUUAUGAACGUAGUCUACAGGCAGAUGAAAUUCGCCUGGACUCGUAUUCAGAAUCCCAACAAACAAGUGAUCAAGACGAAGACGAAGCCAAUGGGAAUCCAUGCCCUCAAGAAGCAACAAAGGGGCCGAAACUAUCUCGCUAGACGAUAGAUACACCGAUCUCCUGACAUAUACUCUCUCUAAGUACGUCCACUAUUUUGGCACGAGUUCAGUAGUUCUCACAACGUCUGAACAGCAAUCUUAAUCCCGGCAGGACGUCCUGAAGCGGCUGUCGAGCCACGAGUGACGGGGUUGACAUUGUGCGCAUCGGUGGGAGCAAUGAUCGAGGGCUCGGAGUGCGCGUUCUGAGCAUGGUUACGCUAUGACGGCAAAGGCGUGGGAUAUGCACGUCUUUCGUGUGGGCCCGGAAUGAUUGUGGUGGUAGAAGAGGGCUGGAGCCGAGGCUCCGCAUGCCGAGAGGGAUCAGAAUGUCAUGCAAGAGAAGGCAU